GAGGGUGGGGCCAGGAGGGCUCCGUCGAGCAGGCGGCCGAUUCGCUGCUUGAGCAGGGCGACCCUCCGCCCCCCCCCCCCGGCUGGACGGCGCGGCGCGAUGGUGCCGUCUCGGUGCGUGAAGAGCGAGUACAUGAAGCGCUUCAAGGAGCCCAAGUGGGAGGCGUGCGGCCCCUGCUACCAGGAGCUGCUGCGCUACCGCCUGAGCCGGCGCCUUUUGGAGCAGGCGCACCGGCCCUGGUUUUGGGACGGCUGGGAGCAGGACAGCAGCCAGAGCGGCGGCGGCAGCGGCGGCUCCCCGUCGCCCCCGGGCACGUCCAGCCCGCCGGGUGGCCAGCAAGGAGAAGAAGCAGCGGCGUCUGGCGAAUCUGGCCGGGGCGGGGCGGCGGCAGCAGCGGGGGACGCCGACAGAUCCUGCCCCGAGGAGCCCUUGCGCGGGUCGGGUAUGUUCCUCCGCCGCCGAGGGGAGAGGAAGAGGACGGCCUGCCGGAAUGACCUUGAGCCAUUCUCCGGGAAGGCGGGCGGAGGGGGGCGCUGGGAGCCGCGGCUGCAGAGACGAGUCGCUGGGGAAGGAGGGAGGGAGCGAGCUACAGUGGCCGGAUGUCCCUGCUCUGCAAUGGAGCUGCCGCUGGAUGUAAAUACGGGGCGGGGGCGCGCGGAGGAGAAAGCGGCUUUCCUGGGUUUUAAAUAAAUCUUAACAGCUGGGGCUCCGCGUCCGGCUUGGCUCUUGAAGCCGCCCUCCCCUCCGCACGCAUCGGGAAAUGGAGGGUGCCAGGACCGUGCAGGCGCUUCGGCCUCUUGCCGCCGAGUGGCUUCGCAGCUCCUCCUUACGCGUCUGUUGGAGAACGGGCGAAGGCGGCGCUGCCCUGCCGCCAUCGAGUGGUUGCUGCCAAUACUCGGCCCCUCUGGCGCCAACCCGGGUCCUUCCGGAGGCGAGAGAUCUCCGGCUGGAUCGUCCCUGCCGAGAAGCGCUUUCGCCCUCGGGCGACACUUUCCUCGCUUACGAACGAAUAGAUUGCUACCGGAGCCUCCGCUGACGUAACAGCGGCAUUUUGCAAACCCAUCUUUGACCAAAUAGAAAGGGACGAUUAUUUCUCUCCAGCUUUGCUGGCAGGAAAAUAGGCCAUGCCCACUUGCAUUAAGGAUUUCUUUUGAAAUGUAUUCGUGUAGGGCCAGAGAUGGGCCUGGGGCUUUUUGGCCAAUGGAGGACCAGAGCGAACAGGGAUGAUGUGAGUUGUAGGACAGCGGCAUCAGGAUGGGGCCACAGGUUCCCCAUCUCGGACUUACUAAGGAUGAUUCGACUUCUGCUUUGUGACUUAAAUCCACAUCCUUAUGUAAAUAAUAUCUAUCUAGAGAGCAGAUGGAUGCCAACAGCAACAGUAUCUAGAGAGCAGUGCAGAGCAGAAAUUAUGCUGCCCAUAAGGCAGGUUGGGGGAACCUUUGGCCCUCCAGGUGUUCCUGAACUACAGCUCCUUCAUCCCCUGGCAUUGACUAUGCUUGCAUGGGUUGGUGGGAGUUGUAGUUCAGCAACACCUGGAGGUUCUCCACACUUGCCGUAAGGAUGAUGCCAUUCUUCCAGCCACUCUGUGGUGGUAAUAGCAUGAUGCCCUGUUCUGCGCAGAAUUAGGAUUGCUUUAAGACCAUGGAAAUCUUAGGCACGCAGAUAAAAAUGAGCCUGUUUCCUCUGGGUUUACUUGCAGACUCUAGAAUCUGUUUUCCGAAAAAGUGAGACAAAACUUAAUGAUCUUACUACGAGUGAAGGGUUAGAUCUGCAUCCCUGACAACACUUCUUGAGUGCUGCUGUUGGCAUCAGUGGAGCCAGCUUUGGUGAAUGCAGCUUUGAUUUCAUCCCUAAAGUGUUGAUCUCUUAUAAGCUUUUUAGAAUGACCUCACCAAAGGCCCAAACUGAAAUACCAGCACAGUACUGAGAAUACACCCAACUCAGUAGUAUUCUGAAUAGAAUAACCCUAAAAAACACUCUGAAAUUCCUUUGGUUUUUUCUGAUUUAACAGAAAGUAAAAGUAGCUUCUUUAUUUAGUUACAGUAUUUAUAGCCUAUUCAUCACUGAAUAUUUUCAACCCCAGAAUAAGGAUCAAAGUAAUAAAAGCAUCACCAUCUAAUAUAAACAGGUCCAACAAACAACAAAUCAACAGUUCUUUCAUAAGGGAAGCAACAAUGCUAUAAUGAUAAACAUUAAACUUUCCAGUUUAACCAAAUGCCUAGGUAAAAAAAGAAGAAGACAUUCAAACAGAUUAAACAACCAACAAUUCCCACCCCAUUUUUCAUUUCUGGUGGAGAUGCUGAGGUAAUCCACUUGCUUCCCACCAUCUCUCAUACAAAGAAUGCUCCACUCUGAGCCAACAGACUCACUUCGUAGAUUUUGAACAGCUUCCAUCUCAUCCAGGCUCUUGCCCUGAGCAUGGGUGUAGCUGGGGGGGGGUAUUUGCCCCCCCAAAUCAAGUAAAUCAGUAAGAAUAGUUAACUAAUUGAGGUUCUGCCCCUGCCCAACAUAAAUCCUGGCUACACCCAUGGCCCUGAGUGGUAUGAAUUGUUGCCCACAAGGAUCUACAGCAAGAAACUCCUCCUACUUGACCAUGGAAGCAACAGUGGUUGAAAAAAAAAGCACAAAAGAAAAAGAGGGUGGCAAUAAGGCCCUGCUAGUGUUUCUCUCCCAAUCCUGACAAAACUCCUGGGCCUCCAAGCCGGUAAGGCUACUAGGGAGGAAUAUGCGGGUGAAUUUGCUGGCCUCUCACAACUCUGUCCUCCUUACCAGCUGCCACAAACCGCAUUCAGGGUCCUCCAGGGAAAUUAAUGUGCUUCUCUAUAUAGACUGUGCCCUAGUUCUCAGAAUACACUUAAUUGGCAGAUGUUUUACACAGUACACAGCAGCAAACUCAGAUGGGUCAGUAAGUGCGUUCACAACAGGGGAGCAGCAACUCAUGCAGUCUGCUUGAUUGUACCUGCACAAUUUAUGUAUACACAAAUGGAAGUUUGGUAUGUCACACAUAGUCUUUUUUUCCCUUUCCGGUGAACCUUUGAAAACGUAAAUUUGUGAAGUGUCCUAUGACAUUGGUUGCGUCUAGGAAUGUUACCUUGCUGACAGCUGGGAUCAAAUUUUUAAAAUGGAUUUUCAAAUGCUGAGGAUAUCAAAUGUGGGCAGAUACCACCUGCAAAUUGAAACAAAUGUGCAUGACUUAUAUAUGGAAUAUACUAUCGGCAGAUACAGCGAUGGUUGGCAGGAUAAGUCCAUGCAAGUACCCCUGUACAAAUUUGCAAUACCAUUUGAGGUUUGCUAAGAUAAUCAAACCUUAAUAUGAAUGACAGCAUGGAGUUUUCUCUGUGCUGUGCUUCCUGGACAGUAUUUAUUUGGAACUUAAAAGCAUUGUCACAAAUGUGACACUAGCGUAGAUAACCUAGUCUUCUGGUGACACACUGGUACCUUGGAGGCAAAGACAUUUCCUCUAUAGAAAGCUGGUUUUUAUUUUUGACACUGAUCUCUUUUCCUCCAUUACUUCCCAUUACUUUCCCAUGAUGAAAAUCGGUAUCAUGCCUUGACAAGCAAGAGUAAUGAUGAGCAAGAACACUGUGUGUGUGUGUAUGCACACACAGUGUGUUCAGCAUUUGCAGAGACUUCUUUAGUUGUCAGUGAUUCUCACACGGAUUCAUGGCUGCUUAUGUAAGUUGUUGCCAUGGCAUCUUGCAUCUUUAAAAUUGCAUAAGCUUUCAUUCUCCAACCAAAAAUAAGGCACUAACAAGAGCAGGGACUAUUACAUGCUAGGUGCAAGAAUUGUAAUGUAGCCACAAACGGCAUCACUGUGCCAGCCAAGCUAGUGCGUGAUGGGAGUUGUGUUUUUUAACAACACAGGCUCCAUAGCCGCCUUUGAUCUGGCCUCUUGUAUAGGAGAAGGCAUUGCACCUUUCGGUAAUACUAUGCAGCUCUGAUCACUGACACCUGUCCACUGUUGCUGUAUCUACUGUCUGAUUGGAAACCUUAGUAAUGGAGGGCUCUUUUUCCUGCUUUGCAGUGCUGACUCUUGUGUGCACCAAGCAAGAGUUGAUUGUUAUUUUUUUUUAAUUGAAUUUAUAUACCACCCUAUACCUGGAGGUCUCAUGGUGGUUCACAGAAUAAAAUCAAGAUAUAAAACCACAAAAUACAUAGCAAAAAUAAAAACAACAACCCCAUAAAAGGUAAAGGGAUCCCUAACCAUUAGGUCCAGUCGUGGCCGACUGGGGUUGCAGCGCUCAUCUUGCUUUACUGGCCGAGGGAGCCGGUGUACAGCUUCUGGGUCAUGCGGCCAGCAUGACUAAGCCGCUUCUGGUGAACCAGAGCAGCGCACGGAAACGCCGUUUACCUUCCCGCUGGAGCGGUACCUAUUUAUCUACUUGCACUUUGUGCUUUCAAACUGCUAGGUUGGCAGGAGCUGGGACCGAGCAACGGGAGCUCACCCAAUCGCGGGGAUUCGAACCACCGACCUUCUGAUCGGCAUGUCCUUGGCUCUGUGGUUUAACCCACAGCGCCACCCACGUCCCUCAGCAACCCCAUAGCCCCUCCCCAAAAGAACACAUUUUAAAAGGGCACAGAGUGUAAAUCAGAUCAACCAAAGGCCUGGUUAAAAAGGAAUGUUUUUGCCUGGCGCCUAAAGGUGUAUAAUGAAGGUGCCAGGCGAACUUUCUUGUAGGUAAGUUUUACCUACAGUGCAGAUAAAUCAAAGGAGUUAUGGUACACUAACAGUCUGCAUUGGUUUGCAUAAGAUGAGCCCUGCUAGAUUAGGCCAGUGGCUCAUCUAGUCCAGCAUCUUACUCUCACAGUGUCCAAUCAGUGCAACAAUGGUCUCCCAGCUUGUAUUCCCCAGCAACUAGCAUGCAUAGGUGUUCUGCCUCUCAACAGUGGAGGUAGAACUUAGCUGUCAUUACUGGUAGACACAAAUAGCCUUUGUCUCUAUUAAUUUGUAUUGUCCGGUGGCAGUGGGUGAGGCGCCCAUGGCAGCUGCUUUAGUGUGCCUCUCGGGUGGGCCGGCCCUGGAAGGUGGGCAGGCUAAACCUAACCCUCCUUCUUUUCUCCCAGAGGAUGAAGACCAAGAGAAAGCUGAGGAGAAAACCGAAGUUGAGAGUGGAGGCAAAAAGUCUGCCCCCAAAGGAGCUGGCGGGUCAGCAAGUUGCCCCCAAGGGCAGCCUUCGAGUCGUGGUGCUUUGGGCAGCCGGGGUGACAGAAGACGGGCGAAAAGUCCUCAAAGGAUACAUGCAGCAAAGGAGUUGAAACACCCAUUUGCCUUGUAUGGCUGGGGAGAAAAACAGACUGAUACUGGGAGCCAGAAAACACACAAUGUCUGUGCAUCCGCUUCUGUGAAUGAAGUAAGGCAACUUGAAAUAUAUACUUAUGGGUUGUGUGUCUAAGUCCUUGCCCUCCUGCCUGACUCCUUCCUUCACACUUGUAAGGUCAGCCCAGGUUUGUGUGGUGCCCACAGUGAACUAGGAUGUUGCUGUUUCCUCAUUCUUUGUCAUCCUAUGCUGGGCAAAAUAACUACUGACAUUUAAUAUUCUAUACAGUGGUACCUCGAGUUACAAACGUCUCAGGUUACAAACUCCACUAACCUGGAAGAGUUACCUUCAGUUGAGAACUUUGCCCCAGGAUGAGAACGGAAAUCGUGUGCCAGCGGCGCAGCGGCAAGAAGCCCCAUUAGCAAAAGCACGCCUCUAGUUAAGAACAGUUUCAGGUUAAGAACGGACCUCCGGAAUGAAUUAAGUUUGUAACUAGAGGUACAACUGUAGUUAAGUUGGCUAAUGUUGUCUUAACUUCCUGCCCUUCUGCUACUGUGCCUGUGCUCUGGGGCAGCCAACUGAUACCAGCAGACUUUUGACUGUGCCAUCCCCAAAGGCAGGGAAUACUAUUGAACCCAUCAGCUGCAAAGCGGCCCCUGUGCCAACUCAUGAGGUCCCCUCAUAAAAUAUUAAAAAUAGUUUAAGCACACUACAAGCAAGAGUAUAGGGUGGGUCCUUCUAUAUAUCAGGUAUCAAAAGCCAGGAUGAAGAGAUGUGUCUUCAGCAUAUGACAAAAAUUACACAAUGAAGGUGCCAGGCGCACCUCUGUGGGGAGGGAAUUCCACAGCUUAGGGGCUGCCCCAGAGGAGGCACUCUCCUAGGCUGCCACCACCUUAAACUUCCAGCGUGGUGAUCCCCAGAGAGCCCCCUCUGCUGAUCCUAACACCUGAGGGGGUCUGCAGGGAAGGAGGCAGUCUUUCAAAAAUAGUCAUCAAGGCUACCUGAGCCUCCAGUGACAAUGUUGGGUCCAGGAGCAUCCCUAAGCUAUGGACCUACUCCUUUCAGGGGAGUGCAGCCCUGUCCAGAAGAAACCAUCUCCCCAGACUCAAGAAGUGAAAACAACCUAUGUGUUUUCAUGGCUUCAGUUUCAGUUUACUUGUGUGGGUGUGUCAAAAUGGAAGGGAAAGGGGUAGUAUCUGAUGUCAACAUGUUCAAAGCUUGGGAUAAAUGAAUGAGGGAAGAGCCUAUAGGAAUCCAUUUGCCACUUACAGGCAUCUUCAUAUUCCUCCAUAGUAAGUUGCCCUAUUGUACUGAGACACCUACUAGACCUUGUGAAUGGAAUGUUGGCCAUUGAUCUUCUGCAAUUAUAUUCCUUGGUUGAUGGUAAUGGGCUGCAACAUUGUCACUGGCAUCCUAUGCUGUAGUUAUGAAGUGGAAUCUUCUUCCACCUUGUUUACAGAUUAUAUUGGAACAUUAUUUGCUAACUCUAAUUAAUGCAAAGCUUUUGUUUGUUUGUUUCUGGCUGCCGUUUCAGUGCUGCUGUGGAGGGAAUUCCUGAUGCUAGAACGGUUGCCUACCCCCUGUCAGGAUAUGAGAGAGAAUAAUCUUUGUAAAACAGCAGGCAGUUAGCAUCAAGUGUCCCAAGGCAGAGUGAGCUCAAGUUUAGGUAUGGCAUAAAAGGUUGAAAGUACUGACGGUAGGCUCCUGGUACUUGAAUGACAUUGGGAAGCUGUAAGUUCUUGCAAAAGUGCUGCUGAUCUGUGAAAUGUUAGAUUCAGCAUAAAGGAUAUUAAUGUAGUUCUGACAGCAGUAUGGAAGAAAUACAAGAAAGGCAGCUAUUGUGUGUGUGUGUGUGUGUGUGUGUGUGUGUGUAAAAUAAUACAGCACGUACUGGUUAAAUUUGCAUAUCUAGAUUUAGUCUAGCUUAGUGCAUUGAAAUCAGUAAAUCUAAGCUUGUUUUAAAUGGACAUCUGUCAUUAAGAGUGAAUUACUUAAGUCCCAACAGAUACUGGCAUUUGCUACUGAAUAGAAAAAAAUGGCGUUUAUAAUAGAGCCUGCACAUAUUUAUGAUUGGAUGGCUAACAUAUCUGUACACAGCCUAACAUGCCUUUGUACAACCUCUGCAGGUUAGUGGAUGGCUAAAUCCUUCAGCCUCUCAGGUUAGCAGCUGAGCUUACUGCAUUUGUGCUUCAUACCCUAACCCAAUGCCAUGCAUAUUCACUCACCUAUGAAAAGUUGGUGAUUCAAUAUUGGAUGUGCACAGCUAAUUAGCACGUUUUUUAUUUUACUUAACGUGCACCUGACUUUUCAGUUUGAAGAACUUUUCCCAAGUGGUUUACGAAUGAAAGCAAGAAUAGAUACUAUCCAAUAGUUUAAAAAUGGAAGUGGUAAAUAGCAGAAGAGUGUUAGCAUAUGGAAAGCCACAAUAAACCUUAAAAGCAGCAGUAAAUAUCAGUCUCCGUUUAGUUAAAAGAGGCAAAAUUGUAAUGGUUUUUGCCUGGUGCCAAAACCUGACCGUGCCUUGGUUUUCAAACCAUUUUGGGAGUCGAACAGACUCCCAUAACGGAUGAAAUUCGAGAACCAAGGUAUGACUGUAGCAAGAUAAUAACUGGCAUAUCAAAUACGGUAACUAGACAAAGUUUUGGGAUUCUGGAUGCUAGUUGCUUGAAACUACAGGAGGGGAGACUGCUCUUGAGCUCAAAUCCUGCUUGCAGGUUUCUCACAGGCAUCUAGAUGGCCACCAAGAAUCAUCUAACACUUAAAUAUCUCUUGUUAGAUCCACGAGUCUGCACUGAGAGCAAAGAACAGAAGGCAAGUGGAAAAAAGGAAGCUGUCUCAGAGGCGGAUUCAUUCAGCGGAAGUAGAACAAGCCUGGAGAGCAAAAUCUGCUGCACCAGACAACCCCUGGAUGACGGAAUACAUGAGGUGCUACUCAGCACGAGCACGGUGAUUCCACAUUUGCCUGGACCUGUCUUUUUUAAAAUUCAGAAAUAGUGUACGAAAGCAACGGGUGAAGAAUUCCAAACCACUUAUGCAAGAUUUUUAACAAAAGGAUUUUUCCAGCAGUUUGAUAUACUUGUUUAUAUUUUGGCUACUUAUCCCUGCAGGAGAGGGAAUAAUUGAUUCCAUACUGGUGGGAACUAUGCUUAGCAGUAUAGCUUCUUUACAGUUUUUUUUAAAAAAGAAGAAUAUUAAGAGAUCUUUCUGUUGACCUUGAGCGGAAAAGCUAUGGAAUGUUGUAGAAUGAACUUUUUAAAAUGAAAGACCUCAGAAGGGUUAUUUUGACAAAUAUUUAGUCCCUCCUUAAUCAUCAAAACACAUGGAUCGUAAUCCAUGGGAAAUUUCUUGCCCUGAUGUUGCAUAGAACUCAAAACUUUUCCCUAUAGGGGAGCCAUAAGGCUUUACAAAUCAGGUCUGUAAAAAUUAUUUGUAGGUGCCAUUGUAUUUUCAUGUGAUUCUAGUUAAGUUGCUAUGAUUUUCCUCAGACCUGUACAACUUGAGACCUAGCGAGCCAAAUGCAGACUUUCUGCCCUCUGUGGAUUCAAUCCAGUAACUACAAAAACAGGGGACUGUUAUCUAUCUAUCUUGCUGUGAAGGCCAGAUGUGCAGGCUCUUGCAGCCAGAUGUGUAGAAGAUUGUAUAAUUGGAAAUGCUCCAUUUUUAGAAUUCUGAAAGCUCUCCCCAACUUUUGGUAGAUAUAUAGUGACUUGUUCAGGUUUACAUUCCAGUUUUAGGUUUUGUGACCAUCUGGAACUGGAGAUUUUGGUGCAAUAGAUUAGUAAUGUGACGUGUUUAUGUUUUUAGCUUUUUAAAUUUGCUAUCAUGAGCCUGUGGUACCAAAUGGCAGGUGUAGACAAUCAUUAACUAUUAGUUAUCAGUACUUUGCAGUAAGUAACAUGGACUUGGUGACAGUGAACUGGGAUGUAGAUUUUUUUUUAAUGCUUUAUUUGGGUGGAUUAAAUAUGCUUUGUAAAGAGUUUUGUUAGGUGAGCUUCUGCAUAAGUGAAAUGUUACGACUAUUUCAGCUCUUGAAUUGAACCUACCAGACCAAGUUAGUGUACAUUCCAGAGGCAUGUUCAGGACUCAGGCAAAUUUUGCUAUACUUCUCAAGUGUAUGACAUGCCCCUUAUUCCCCCUGACCACCAAAAAAAGUUGAUUUGUGUAAUUCAGAGGAUGAAGCCAUUGGCAAUUAUGAGAAUGUGACAAAUCUGUUACAGUUUAAAGUUUGUAUCGCAUAUUGUGAGACUACCUGCCAUUUUUGUGUGUGUAUCAAACACCGAACUGGUGGUUAAUAAGCUGCUUAAAAUAGUCUCCUUAUAUAGUCAAACCUUUGUUCUCAAGGUUUUUUAACGUUUCGGCUCCCAAACGCCGAAAACCUGGAAGAAAAUGCUCCGGUUUUCGAAGGUUUUUCGGAAGCCAGAUGUCCGACGUGGCUUCCGCUUGAGUGCAAGAAGCUCUUGCAACCAAUCGGAAGCUGCGCCUUGUUUGUCGAACAUUUCAGAAGUCAAAUGGGAUUCCAGAAUGGAUUACAUUUGACAACCGAGGUUUGAUUGUAUUUCAAAUUAUGUUGGCUCCAUUCAUGUAGGGGUGGUUUUAUGCAGGUGGCAUUAGUCUCAAUCAUUAAGACUUAAAUAACUCAAAUUUUGGGAAACAGUUAUUGGUAGCCUUUCAUUCCAAAGGCUACAUCAGGUACUCUCCCCAGAAACUCUGUGGUCACUCAGUGUUUGAGUUCUCUCUUCCAUGGUUGCUGCAGGUGGCUUUUGGCUCCUUUGACUUCUGCUUUCUUUCCAUCUGUAGGCCUGUGGUUGGAACUAUGUUUCCUUCAGUCUUUUUUUAAUUUAAUCCCUUAUCUUCACUUUACAAAAUUAAAGGACUUCAAUUGUACAUGGCUUUAACAUAAUAAUACAUUUCUCUAUCUUUGUUAUACAAUAUUGACUCCCGUCCUGCUUCCAAGGGAUACAUGAAGGACAUUUUUUCUUGUGUCCUAAAGACCACUUUUCUUAAAACAACUGGCAGCUUUUUGAAAAUAUUUUGGAUUCUCUUUUCAAAGGGCUGUUCAUGUUGCCAUUUUUAACUUCACAGAAUGUGUUCAGCUAAACUUCUUGUAAGCUAACUGACACAUGGAUGGACGUUGGAAAUUUUGAAGACACUGUUGAAACAAGGAUACUAAAAGUCUGGGUUUUCAGUCUUCCACAAGGAUGUGUUGGGUGGCUUAAGUCACUUAUAAUUCUGGUAAUUUGCAAAUGGGGUGUGUGCAUAUCGCUGUUGCACUUGGAGCAUCUGCUUGCUUCUCUGUGUAGAGUGGUUUUUAUCUUAACUUUAAGCGAUCCCCUCCUCCCCUUCAACUGGGCAUUAAUGUGGUGUUAGACAUGGAGUCUCUUGGAUUGCAAUCCUAAACAUGUUUACUCAGAAGUCUCAUAGAGUUCAGUGACACUUCCAGGCAAAUGAGCAAAGGAUUGCAGGUGCAUUUCCUGACAAAAGCCCUGUUCAGCUGUGAUAAAAAUCUAUAAAUAUAGCAUGUGAGUACCACCCUGUCUCUGUCUCCCUCUGUAAAUUGAAGGGCAGGUGUGCAAAGCGAGGAAUCUGCUUCUACGGGUAAAUAUUUCCUGUGCAUUUUAGAAUCCAGGUUUAACAAGAUUCUGCAUCACUCAAGGAGCCUCCAUGCAGGUCCCCCCCCCCCAUUUCUUGCAUUAUAUUUUCAGAUAGUCCCAACUGAAGAGGGCUAAAGUUGGCAGGAAAUGGCAAAACUACCAUCCUCACUAGGAAAUAAAGAAGCUUAUUUACAGAUGUGUUUACUAAAGCUGGAAUUGGUGGUGGUGGGACGACAAAUUCUGAGCUGCUCUAGUCUUCUAGGUAUAAAUAAUGCUUUUGCUUUUAAUUUUAAAAUAGGGACAUUCUCAUGAGAAAGACCCCUCUUUCCUUGUUGGAACUUGAGAAAAGUCCUAUUUAUGGCCCAUCUGUCUUCACAAAACUGGCAUAGUAUCACUACCAAAUGCAUGAAACUGAAAUGCACAAAUGACACUCAUUGUUCCAGCACAGAAAAAAAGAAGAAGUAUCUACUGUUCCAAUUAGACAUUUACUUUUGUGAAACAUGUUUAUGGUGUGACAUUGUGCAAAAAAAGGUAUGCUUUGUGUAUAUUUGUACCACCACGUUUCUUGCAUCACUAUCCAGUAACUUCAACAACAAGCUAUUGUUAGCAAGAGUUGACUUCUCUAUUUUUAAAUAUCAUGGUUAUGCUUUUUCUUUUCUUUUUACUGUUUACCCUCAGGCAUCUUGCUUGUACUGAGCCCUCCUUCACUAUUACUGGCAGCUAUGUCUUCUGUAAGCAUGGAGCAGAAUGCAUAUUCAGCCCUGGGAUUAGACUUCCCCUAGAAUUGACCAAAUUUGGUGAGGGUCCCACAUCCUCCCUGCCUUUUGAAGCUUUUGGGGUUGGCACAAUGGUAGAUGUAGUGCUAGACCUGUUGUAUGAUGGGAAAAUGGCUCUGGCUCAACUUCCCUCAGGGUCUUCUCCCACCUUUGAAAUGUGUCUCCCCUGCUUGAGCUGCCAGGGCAGACGGGAAUAUAAGCAAUUGAGACCACUCACAUUUUAGCCUACUGAAAACUGUCUAUACCAGAUUGGUAUUAAAUAUGGCUUCUAGAUGAGAAAGUUACCUUCUUGAUGUGGGAGGCAGCAUCACCUGAAGCACAAACUAUCUACUAGUUUAUGUUUGCAUACUCCUGCCUCCUUGAAAUAUGUUGGUUUGUGACAGGCUAGGAGUACCAAAACGCUGGUGUAAUACAAAGAGCAACAUAUAGCCUAAAGCCAUAAAGUGUGAGUAACCAGACCAAGCAUGGCAGUCUUUUGAGCACGACUGUUUAAGGCCCAGAUACUUGAACAGGUGGGGGCUAUAAACUCUUGACUCUAUGUUUCUGUAUGUAGUUCCUAUAAUGUAAAGUUAAAGGUACAGGGAAGCUGCCACACUUAGCUUUUGUGAGCACUGAAAUCACUUUAGAUAAAAGCUUGGGGGAAAAUAAGCUUGAAGCAAUAUGUGACUUAGAAUGUGUUUUUAAAUAGUGUGUUUUUUUUCUAAUGUUCUUGUGUUAUUUAUAUUUAACUGUACUUGCCAUGACUUUGUACAUGUGAAUAAAAUCAAUUUGGGGGGAAAAACAUUUUGAAAAAGCAGUUGUUGUGCUUUCUUGAUAAUGGUGAAAUAAGUCUUAUGACUCUUAUGUAAGCUUUAGGGGCCUCGUGCCUCUGCGUCCUCUCAGUGGGCUGCCACCUUAAGGCUAGUAACUGCAAAAGACUAUAGCAGGAAUAGGGAACCUCUGACCUACAGCCCAAAUACAGCCCCCAAGGACACUAUUUGGCCUCUGACCAGACCUGCUUGUACCUUCCUUGAGUUGUUUUUGGCUGGUUGUAAUGUGUCCUUCCACUUUGACAAUCCCUCUCUGUUGCCUGUAAGAUAGAGAGGGAUGCAAAAGAAUGUGUAGAAAUUAACCGCCUCCCAAUCUUUUUUCUCUCUGCACCAUGCAUAAUUUUAUUCAUCAUGUCUCCUCUUCCCCUUUUCGCAAGCUAAAAACUCCCAAUUGGCUUUUUGGAACACAAAAACUUUUCUUCAUAGGGGAAUUGCUGCACCCUUCCUUGAUCAUUUUGGUUGCCCUUUCCUGAACCUUCCACCAUAGGUUUAGAAAACUAUGGUAUUUAUUCCCACAAAAUGCACCACCUUGGAUGCCUUUAAGAGAUUAGUCAAAUUUGUGGUGAAUAAUGCUAUGUUUUACCUCAGGCCUGUGGGUUGAAUGUGGCCCUCCAGGCCUCUCUCCCUCUGGCAUCCAGAAUUCUUCUCAGGCCAGAACCCUCACUGGAACCACAAGUCAUUUUGCGUGGCUGAAAUGUGUUCUUAAAUUCCACUAAUUUCUCUUGUUUUGUCUGGAUGGGUAAUACAGGUUUUGUGUGUGUUGAAAACUAGCCUGCUGUACAAAGGCAAAGGUUACAUUGACUCUGGCCACUUUUGCUUCUGGCUCCAUCUACCACUGCAGCAUGGGCCCUAAAGGUUGCGCAAACUGGAAUGUGGCCAUUGGGUUGAAAAAUAUUCCCCACUAUGGACACUAAUUUUAAGCUGCUUUCAGACACAACUGAGUGACACUAGACAUCUAGACACCUCCCCCAUACACUUUAUCUUUAGUGGUGCGCCCCUUUCCAGUCAGCAAAACAGUAAAAGAUUGGAUGGGCUAAGAAACUCCAAACAUACUGGGAAAUGCUUAAAUGAUUACUACAUGUAAAUAAGAGGUUUUUAGCUUGUCUGUGGGUUUUGAAAAUCUUAGGGAUAAAUUGGACUAAGGGCAAUGAUCAAAGUACUGCUUCAAACAAGUGAUCAAGUUAGUAGACUCUUACUUUCUGUUUUGGCAUAGAAUACCAGCUGUCUGAAUAAACAUGCCCAAUAGGGGCUGUUAAGCCCCCCACCUUGUGGUUGCCAAGGCUUUGUCCCCUAAGCGAGCAGAGAACUGUAGCCUUGAUGUAACACUGCAUGUAUAUCUGACCAUAUAUUAAUCACCAAGUCUAGCAUCCUAACUUACUACUAAGUAGAUACAAUAGCUUUGAACACCAUUUACACUAAGGGCUUAUUCACCCUUCUGUUUGGUCCGUGACUUCUAGGCAUUGGUCCGAGAGAUUUUUCUUUUCUCCCACUGCUUUCCCAGGCAAAACCUGAUGUUUACUGCUGAAUCAGAGCAAACAUCAUUUGGGUUUUCUGCGACUUGGCGUUUGUUCCAAUUGAGCAGUAAACAGCAGGUUUUCCCUGGGAAAGUGGCAGAACAAAAGGAAAACCUCUCUGAUCCAUGCCUGGAUGUCAUGGGCUAAACAGAAGAAAUCACAAGUCAAAGGGAAGUGUGUGGAUGAGUCCUAAACUUGAGAUGGUAUGGAUUUUUGGUCUACACUUUAUGAGGGAGGCAACACUUCUUUCAAAAAGUAACAAGACCUGGGUUACAGUACAUAAGUGUUACAAUUUCCUUCCCACCUUAACUACUCAUGUUUCCUAAAUAAUAGAUAAAUAUUUUAUUUUUAAUGUUACUUUUGUCCCCAAGAUGAUAAAUGGGUGUCUCAUAAUGUAUUCAUUACCUAAAAGCAGGGUAAGAACACAUUAAAAUUUGGGAAACUGGUGAUAUUUUUUCAGUUCUCCAUAGAAUAUAGCUGGGUCAGCUUUGUAAUAUUAACAGGAAACAUGCACUGGACAGUUGGUUGCUGGAUUAUUCAGUAAGAAACAUAGAAAAUCCAAUUAUUACUGUCCAGAAAUAACCUAAGUAAGACUAAAGCUUAAAAUCAGGCAUUGCACAUGAAACCAUUUAAAAUCACAUAAGCUACCUAGCAUACAUCCAUCCAUUAAAAAUUGUGUGCUUGUUUCCAUGGCAAUCAUGCCACUUUGUUUUAGCAAGUCAUGAUUAAGAUUCCGAGCAUUUAAUGUAUGGGGGUGUCAAAUGCAUGUAGAUAAAUAAGAUUAUUGAUAUUGUUAAAAUUCUGAACAUCUCCCUUGGCAGGGUUGAGAUUUCAUAGAGAUGCAACAGUGCGCAUUGGAGAUGUUAACAAUGCAGGAAAUGGUGGAUGUAUGAAAAGGCUGAUCAGCCAGGGAGCAUAGCUUUCCACCCCUUCCACCCACACCCUCCCCAAGCCUGCCGUGAUUGAAAAGAAACCUACAGUAAAUACAUUUAAAUAAAACCUUUUAUUUAGUAACAUUUCUCUGGUGACAUUAAGCAGCAUAGUAAAUUCUUUAUACAGUAUAGAAGUCAUGCAUUUAAAGUUUAAUGUAUACUAACACUGUGUAAAAGCACUUUUAUUUUUAGAAGCAAUUAAAUGCCAAGAGCAUUUGUCUUGAGGCUCAACUGUAAUAAUACUUCUUAAGCUCUUGCAGUUCCAACUUGUGGAACCAAGCCAAUACAGGUAGCAAUCUAGCACAUUUCAACUGCAUGAACUACAGUUCCUCCAACUCAUGUUAACAAGGGUGUACAAGAGUACAGCUACAAUUUUCAGAGUCUUGAAGUGUGACACUACACACUGCAAGGGAUCCCUUAGAAACAGUAAUAUAGUGAAGGCAAGCCUUUAUAGACAACAAUCAAUGACCUGGGUGUCUCUAAUCAUUUCCUGAACCAACUUUCCUCCUCGCAAAGCCUAGCUCUAAUAUUUAAAUAAACCCGGUUUUGGGAAACAACCAGGAAGAAGUGUUGGGGGCAAUCUGUGGGCACAGGAGGCAUGAACUCUCAUGAAAUUUUCUGCAGAAACAAAAACUUAUUCAUGCUAAUUUGCAGACACAAAAUUUGGAAAGGAGCAUACAAAUAUUAGUUUAGAACUGAAGCCGCAGUACAGUUCUGCCUAAGGUAAUUUUAGCCCCAUAGAAAUUCUAAGUUCCAAUUGUCUUUCCCUUUAUCAAAGAUAAGCAAGUUUGUGAAGUGACAUUUAUUAGCUAAAUCUGGAAACAAACAGCAAGACAGAGAGUUUAUCGUGCCUGCAUUUGCAUUGAUGUUAAAAACAAAACAAAAAAACAGAUCACUGGAGGGAAGUAGAGGAAACAGAACUCCCUCAGAACACACACAACCCAAAACACCUAAAUACAAACAGUAAGGUACAAGGCCUUGAGUUCGUCAACCAACUAUAAAGGAGGCUAGCGAUAGAGAGAGAUCAGUUUUUGUGCUGUAGUACUAACUACCAACCAUUUACAUCAGUCUACGCUAACCUGGCACCUUCCACAUAUUUUGGACUACAAGUCCCGCUGGUUGAGGCUGAUUGAAGGCGUAGUCCAAAACAUCAGUCAGGCACCAGGUUGGCCCAGGGUGAUCCAUGUAAAUGAAAGAUGUGUGGAAGAUGAAAAGGGAUUGUGGGGAAGAACUAAAUGCAACAGGAAGAUGUACAAAAACCUAUGGAGUAAAUACCUGAGUUUUCACUACAUCAUUAAUCGGUUCACAAUUAAUAGUAGCAUGGCACCUCCUUUUUUCUGCUAUUCCCUCCAGUUUGAGAGAGGGCAGCAGUACAGUAGUUACUGGGUAGGGGGUGGGAGGGAGGAGAAAGGGGAGCUUCAAGUAUUAUGUAGAAGACUAGGAACAAGUUACAAGUUGGACUUUAGGACUUACUGACCAAACUUCUUUGGAAUUGUUGACAUUAAUAUAUGUAACAUUAGAAAAAGUACAUAAUAAAAACACACACACACCAAAUAAUAUUCUUUGAAAGUACUUCUGAACCGUUAUAAGACAUCCAUGCAGUGCACCUCAUAUACCCAUGCUGUGAACCAAAUACGUUAAUAGAUACUGCAUGCUAAUCACUUUCUUUACUUUGAGUGGAUGUUUAACUAGACUUCAAAUUGACUUUUUCCCCAGUACAAUGCAUGGAAGCAUGUUAUUUUGUUUACAUCAGUCUACUUUAUUUUUGGGAAUUAACUUUUUGAUGAAUCAACCCCUUCAAAUUAAAGGUUCUCAUUUACCUCAAAGGAUUACAGUGUCCAUUUUGUAUGCUAAUGAGUAACGUGCUGGCAAUCUGUGUCAUUUUACUUUCCCUGAAUGGUGGGGGGGAGAGGGGAGGGGAGGAUGAAAAAUGUACUCAAAUGCCAACAUUAAAAUGUGUUUUUCAUCUUGGAUUAAAAUGCAUGAGCUGUCUCCCAACCAUUAUUUAUUUACUGAAAUGCAGCAACAGGCCUGCAGAGCUGGAGGACCGCCAGUUCCUGGAUGAACUUGCCCAUCAGUUAAGAGUUGUAGUCAUGGGCCCUGCUCUGGGCACCCCUGCCACUGGAGCCUGACCUGUUUAUCUCGGCUUAUGGCAUUCAGUUUACUUUGCUGACCUGUUCAGUUUUUGUCAUUCAAUGUGAUGCGCUUUGGCUUGGCAAAGGACUGCUAAAGUCUUAUUUACAUUAUUUUAACUAUUUUACCUGCAUUGUAAUGAAGCUUUGUUACUUUUAUUUGCCAUUUUGUAUUUAUUGCAAUUGUUUUUGAGUUGUUCUAGACCACUUAUUAAAUUGCCUUAAAUGCAAUUUAUGAGAGAAAAGCAGCAUAAAAACAUCAGAGCAGCUAUGUUCUAGAAAGGGUGCUUAAACCAUGUCUUGUAGAUCCUACCUCCAGUUGCUCUGUAUAGUUUCUCCUCAAGGAUGUGAAACUAGCUGAGACAGGAGGAGCUGGAAGCAGUGAUUUUUAUCAGAAAAAUGUCUCACAGCUCCAAUCAAAUUCAGUCUCUCCUGCUGCCUGCAUUUUGAGUAAAUAAACAUUCAAAAAAGAGACUGCUCAUGUGUCUUGCCAACUUAGGCUCAAUCAAAUACUUAUUUGACAAUAAUGUCAAUGUUUGCCCUCACUGUGUAACAUCCUCAGAUAUGACCAACCAAAAAGUUUUAAGCAAUGUACAUCCUUAGUUAAAACUAACACAAUCUAGCUCAAAUAGCUAUAUUUACACCUCCCAUAUACCGCUUCAAUGUUUCCAUAUUUCAGAAUUAUCUGUGUAUCAACAGUCAUAAAUGUUCAUGUUCUGGAGUUUUUAGGUGUCAAGAACAUUUUACUUUUACAUACGCACACCUCUCUCUCUUAGGCAAAGUCAAGGUUUCAUAUUUCCAAGUGUCUCUAUAGAACUCUCAGUUAGAUACCAUGAAGGCAGAGGGCACUGUUUAUCUUUGACUAGUUGCUGCCAUUUACUGUAUUGUGUUUCUAAAUUACAGAGUAAAAGAAGCUGACUGCAAUGCAUUAAGUACUACAGAUUUUGAAGCAGUCUAUACAACAUAUGCUACUUUUCAUAACAAAUUGCUUCUUUUUAAGGAGGAUAACCUGAACAGAGUCUUAGGUAUAGAAAUUACUUUAAUUUUAAAAAAAGAAGUCAGAUAACGAUGAUUCACAACUUCAAACACUGUUCUAGAAUGGCAAAACAAGUAGGCAUUAUCUUUUCCCCGAAACAUAAAAUUUCAGUUACAAUUUCAGAUGUAGAAAACAAGGAUUCCCCAAGGCAAGAUCAGACAGCAGUAAGCUCUUAAGAUCACAAAUGAAUUGUAUAGCCUACAGUUGUCAAAGUGAUUGAAAUACAUUUAAGAAUUGUCAGGAAACAGUUCAGUUAUGCUUCAGUAAAAAACCCACAACAUAUUAGUAAACUUAUGGCCUGUUUUUCAAAAAAAUAAAUCAUAUACCUUGUAGAAUGUGGCAAAUAAAACACUGACAAUCAAUGCCAGUAGCUUUCAAUAUCAAAUCAUAAAUAAAAGCUAUUGUACAAAAAAACAAAAAAACAAACCACCAAACAUGAUAAAGCCUACCAGUUACAUUUCAGUUCUUAUUUAUAAAACAAACAAAUGUUAGUGCAACAAUAUGUCAGUAUAUCAUGCUUUGGAAAUUUAAUGACCACAUUUUAUAUACACAGGAUACAGCAAUGUCUUAAACUGGAAGAAAUGAGCAAAAAUAUGCAACAGAAAAUUUUUUACAUACUGAUAUUUUACUCUUGUCCACUGAAUUACCAAAUUUUAUUUUUUGCAAUCUUGCUGUGCCGAGUGCACGCUUCUGGAAGCCAUUUCAUAGUACUUUUAAAAAAUACCAGAUGUGGUAUGCUUUACUGAAUAAAAAGCAGUUCUAAAACUGCAGUCUUGAAGCCAUGGCAGUUGUUUCAUUAAUCGUCAUUUUCAAGGACAGCUGAAAAAAUAAGCAGCAUUUCGUGUUAAACAACGUAGGCAUCCUAUGCACACUUUAGGAACAAACUCCAUGCAAUUUAGUGUGAAACCACAGAAUUAAUCUAUUUUGUUUUUUGAGACAGAAACACAAUUAAGCAGUCAUACAACAAGGUCAUACAACAUACAACAUACACAGAUUCUCCACCUUAGUGCAUUUUUGUUAUGCACUAAGGAAAUGUUCUUGAGGAAAGGAGGGCUAUAAAUGAAAUAAAACAAUGUUUCUCAAAUUAAGAGGUUCGAUAUAGAUUUGAAUUUUCAUUUCAGUGCAAAUCGUUACUUGCAACAGGACUGACUUCUGAGAAGGAAUCAUGAUUACAGUUAUGCUGUUACAGAUUUACAUUGUUUUUACAAGGUGGAUAUCCAAAACAUAAAUCCUGACAGUAAAACGAACAAACAAACAAGCCCUUGGGACACACAGAAAAUUUGAGAAAAACCACCCCACCUGUGGAGCUGAUGUAUGGAUUUUCCCUCCCUCAAUAAUC